GGCAAGUGCAGAAACGGUCACAGUCGCAGGCGAUAAAAUUACGGCAGCAAAGCUUAGGCAAAAAAAUGAAACUAUUUUGAAAGUGAAACCACUGUUCGCCAUUAAAGCUCUCUCUCUUCAUCCUCAGAUCUCCAUCAAAAUGCUCUCUCUCUCCUCCACUCUCUCUCCUCACAUCACUCUUUCAAAAAACCCCACAUCCCAUUUUCCCCUUCACCACCCGAAUCUCCGAUCGAAAUCCCCCAAACGCGCCCAAUUCUCCACCUCCACCGCCAUUAAUGGCGUCUUCUCAAAACCCUCUUUCCAGAUUCCCAAAUCGAGCGGAUUCUGCAAAUUUCCCGCGAACCCAUUUAGGUUUUCUCCGCCCGCGGCCGCCGCCGAGGACGCCGGCGAUGCCUCCGACGAUUCGUCCUCCAAGGCCAAAACCCUUCAGCUCGCCGUUGUGUUCGGGCUCUGGUACUUCCAGAACAUCGUCUUCAACAUCUACAACAAGAAGGUUCUCAAUAUCUUCCCCUUUCCAUGGCUUCUCGCUUCGUUUCAGCUCUUCGCUGGAUCGAUUUGGAUGCUGGUUCUCUGGUCUUUGAAGCUGCAACCGUGCCCUAAAAUUUCAAAGCCCUUCAUAAUCGCUCUCCUCGGCCCCGCUUUGUUCCACACAAUCGGCCACAUCUCCGCUUGCGUUUCCUUCUCCAAAGUCGCCGUCUCAUUCACCCACGUCAUUAAAUCGGCGGAACCAGUCUUCACAGUCUUAUUCUCCUCGUUCCUCGGCGAUUCGUACCCUCUCAAGGUCUGGCUCUCGAUUCUCCCCAUUGUUUUUGGCUGCUCUCUGGCCGCCAUUACCGAAGCUUCCUUCAAUUUCGAAGGUCUCUCCGGCGCCAUGAUCAGUAACGUGGGAUUUGUUCUAAGAAACAUCUACUCCAAGAGGAGCUUGCAGAAUUUCAAGGAGGUUAAUGGGUUGAAUCUGUAUGGGUGGAUUAGCAUAAUUUCAUUGUUUUAUCUGUUUCCUGUGGCGAUUUUUGUUGAAGGGUCGAAAUGGGUUCAAGGGUAUCAUCAGGCGAUUGCCUCCAUUGGACAGGCAUCAACAUUAUACAUCUGGGUUUUGAUUUCUGGAAUCUUUUAUCAUCUUUACAAUCAAUCUUCUUACCAAGCUUUGGAUGAAAUCAGUCCUCUGACAUUCUCUGUGGGGAAUACGAUGAAGAGAGUGGUUGUGAUUGUGUCGUCUGUUUUGGUUUUUAGAAACCCCAUUAGACCUCUGAAUGCUGUUGGUUCUGCCAUUGCCAUUUUAGGGACUUUUCUGUAUUCGCAGACUACGACGAAAAAGAGUGCUAAGAAGAUCGAGGAGGGCGAGAAGAAGGAUUGAGGAAUGGAAGAAGAAGAAGAAGAAGAAGAAGAAGAAGAAGAAGAAGAAGAAGAAGAAGAAGAAGAAGAAGACAUUGUUUUGGCUUGGUUGGAAGUUGGAAGUUGGAAUUUGAAGUUUUGUUUUGAUCUUCUGAAUUGGAUAUUCAAAUGUUCUUGUUUAGUUGAGGAAUGGGUAAUCAGAUUUAGGUGUUGUCGUGAGUUUUAAGUUAUGAAAUCUAGCUUUUUGCAGCAGUGGUUUUGGCUUUGAGAUCCAUCUUUUUGCUCUCUGAAAAUGUGUUGAGUUUGUGAAAGAUGAGAUUGAUUCAUCAGUUUUGUCUC